UUGAAGUUGUCGCUCCCUUAGAGAGGGGGAAGGAGCUUCGGGGAAAAGCUGGGGAGUGACGACUGCGGCUGCGGGGCGCGCGCUCCUUUUCUUUUCUUCUACUUUUCUCCCGGUCGUCAGUCCAUAGUUUUGGCUCUUCCCCUCUCCUACUCCCCACCUCGGAGCCGGCUUCUCCCCACCGCCUGGCUUUCCCCCCACUUGUGUUCGCUGUUUUUUGGGGGGUGGACGAAGGGGAUGUCCUGUUUUCACCAGAGACACGACGCGAAGRGGAAACUUAGACAUUGGAAGGAACGAGAAUAAAUACCUAAACACGGACGGGAGGAUCCGCGGCUGGGGCAGACACUUGGACUUCGGGAUCCCGAGGCGAUCCGGGCGACGGGAGAUAGUCCAUUUUUAAUUGAAGGAAGCUGCUUCUACUGGGGAGUGGCAGGAGAMGUGAGAAAACCACAUGGAAGACUCCCAGGAUUUAAAUGAACAAUCAGUAAAGAAAACGUGCACAGAUUCCGAUGUUUCAGAACCUCAGAAUUCCAGGUCUAUGGAAAUGCAGGACCUAGCAAGUCCUCAUACUCUCGUUGGACCUAGUGAUACUGCUGGUGGCUCCAAACUGGAUAAAUCCAAUCUCAGCAGCACAUCAGUCACUACAAAUGGAACUGGAGGGGACAACAUGACUGUUUUAAAUACAGCAGACUGGUUACUGAGUUGCAACACCCCCUCUUCUGCAACAAUGUCUCUUCUUGCAGUCAAAACAGAGCCCUUGAACAGCAGUGAAACCACAAGCACGACUGGAGAUGGAGCGCUUGACACUUUUACUGGGUCAGUAAUCACAAGCAGUGGCUACAGCCCUAGAUCAGCACAUCAGUACUCUCCCCAGCUCUAUCCUUCCAAGCCCUAUCCACACAUUCUUUCUACACCAGCAGCUCAAACUAUGUCUGCCUACGCAGGCCAGACUCAGUAUUCGGGGAUGCAGCAGCCAGCGGUCUACACAGCCUACUCACAGACAGGACAGCCCUACAGCCUGCCCACCUACGAUUUGGGUGUGAUGUUGCCAGCCAUCAAGACGGAGAGUGGACUUUCCCAAACUCAAUCCCCAUUACAAAGUGGCUGCCUCAGUUACAGCCCAGGGUUUUCAACCCCACAACCAGGCCAGACACCAUAUUCUUAUCAAAUGCCAGGUUCUAGUUUUGCACCAUCAUCUACUAUUUAUGCAAAUAAUUCAGUUUCGAAUUCAACGAAUUUCAGUGGUUCACAACAGGAUUAUCCGUCCUACACAGCCUUUGGCCAAAACCAGUAUGCACAGUAUUACUCAGCAUCAACCUAUGGAGCAUACAUGACUUCAAAUAACACAGCCGAUGGCACGUCCUCAUCAACCUCCACCUAUCAGUUACAGGAAUCUCUCCCAGGACUGACUAGCCAACCAGGAGAGUUUGAUACUGUGCAAAGCCCCUCCACACCUAUCAAAGAUCUUGAUGACCGAACAUGCAGGAGUUCUGGGUCUAAGUCCAGAGGCAGAGGCAGGAAAAACAACCCUUCCCCACCUCCCGACAGUGACCUGGAGCGUGUAUUUGUCUGGGAUUUGGAUGAAACCAUAAUUGUUUUUCAUUCACUGCUCACAGGGUCUUACGCACAGAAGUACGGCAAGGACCCUCCCAUGGCUGUGACCCUUGGACUCCGAAUGGAGGAAAUGAUCUUUAAUCUUGCUGAUACACAUUUGUUUUUUAAUGAUUUAGAGGAAUGUGAUCAAGUUCAUAUAGAUGAUGUUUCCUCUGAUGAUAAUGGACAAGACUUAAGUACCUACAGUUUUGCAACUGAUGGCUUCCAUGCAGCUGCAAGUAGUGCAAACCUUUGUUUGCCAACAGGUGUAAGAGGAGGAGUGGACUGGAUGAGGAAGUUGGCUUUUCGUUACAGAAGAGUGAAAGAAUUAUAUAACACCUACAAGAACAAUGUUGGAGGACUCCUUGGCCCUGCCAAGAGGGAUGCGUGGCUGCAGUUAAGGGCAGAAAUUGAAGGCCUGACAGAUUCCUGGCUAACAAAUGCACUAAAGUCUUUAUCAAUUAUUAGUACUAGGAGUAAUUGUGUAAAUGUCUUGGUAACGACGACCCAGCUGAUCCCAGCACUUGCAAAGGUCCUGCUCUAUAGCUUAGGAGGUGCUUUCCCCAUUGAGAAUAUUUACAGUGCAACUAAAAUAGGAAAAGAAAGUUGCUUUGAACGAAUAAUGCAAAGGUUUGGCAGAAAAGUAGUAUAUGUUGUAAUUGGGGAUGGUGUAGAAGAAGAACAGGCAGCAAAAAAGCACAACAUGCCCUUCUGGAGGAUAUCAAGUCACUCGGACCUCUUGGCUCUACAUCAAGCACUGGAAUUAGAAUAUUUGUAACUGUGUUCUCUAGCUGGAGAUCCGUUUUGUUUUUUUGUUUUGUUUUGUCUUUUUGUUGUUGUUGUUGUUGUUGUUGUUGUUGUUGUUUUUUUUUUUACAUUUCAAGUACACUGAAUUUUUAUGUGUGUGAUUCAAUGCCUCUGGCUCUACACAUAUAAAUUGUCUUAAAGGAUGAAAUCGUAUUUGGAAUGGAAAUUCCGGAAUGAAGAAUUCAGAUUGCUGAAUGGAAUUAAACUUUAGUGCUACAGAAAGGAAACUCUAUGGUCUUACAUCUACAACACUUUAAUGGUUUCUAAAACAAAUCUGUGGAGAUUGCUAUGCACAGAGAAAGAGUCCUAACUGGAAUUCACAGCUUUAGCAAAGACCCCUCACCCUCCUGGGCAGUAACACCUAUGCUCCGUCUGACAAGGUGGUCACCAACAUUCCUCAAAAUGGGAUCUCUUCUCAGCCCUGAGGUUUGAAUCUGACUUUAGCCUACCUAGCCCAGAAAAUCUGAAUUGGAAUGCACUCAAGACUGUAUAAGGACAGUCCUAUCUAGACCUGUAAUUUGUGUAAAUUACUGAUGAAAAUAAUUUACUGUGACUUUAUUAGCCGCUGACUUUGAAAGUGGAUGCAAUUUUUCUUUCAUUUGUCGGGGAGGGUCGAGGGAGGGAAACGGGAAUAUAAUAUUAUCUUUUUUUUUUUUUUUUUUUAAGUUUGGCAAACAGAAUGUUCAUACUGAUGUGUUGUGCCUUAAAGACAAGACAGCGUUUGUGUGUUACAAUGUAACUUUGGUUAAAAAUCUCUGUAGAUAAUGAAAACCAAAAAACAAAAACCAAAAAAAA